UCCAGUCGGCGUGGACCGUCUUUAGCAGGAAUGGUAUGGCGUCCGAUCCUGACGGUGGCGCUACUGUUGCUGCUAUCGUCCACCAGCGGCAGUCGCGCAACGCCAGAGGAAAACGCAGUCUGCCUGAGGUUGAUGGCCAGGCUCGAAUCCGUAAGGUGGUGGUGUCGCCAGCCCCGGCUGCCAGGGAACAUUGUGAACAGCGUGCGAGCCUGUAUACAGCGAAACGAAUUCGUGAGGGAACUGCCCAGCGAUAAUACCAGGCAUGACGAACUCAUAAUAGGAUUUUCAUCGAAGCAUCUCCCAGGCGCCCUUAACUCCAGUAUCUGGACAACGUGCCACGCAGAGGACGGAGGCUGGUCCAAGGAUCCCAAGGCGUACUUCGGAACUGUAACGCUCGAGGGCGAAGCCAGCGGCCAACAGGAAUAUCGUCUGUGGUACGCCGCUGACAGACACCACCAGUGCUGGGAGAGAACGUACAAGAAGUUCAUCCCCGAGAUAAAGACAGGACAAUUCACGGAACCAUACCUGUACGAGUGCGGCCGAUGCACGUUCCACGACAAUGAUAGUGGCAGUGGAGAAGAUAAAGAGAGCGAUAAAUAUUCCUACAUCAGGGGAUUCAACUCCACGGUGUACCACAGGCGCAAGUGCGGGACUGCCAAGGGCCCGUACGUGCCAGCACUGUACCGCGUUAAGCGUGAAGUAAUCUCUUGUUUCGAGUGUCUGCUGUGGAGCGAGAUCAGAGCCAUGCAGCCAGUAUUCCUGGGAUACUGUUGGGCGGAGGUGAAUGGAGGAUAUAUAGACACUAAGUAUCCAAGGACCUUAGCAGGUGGAGUCGUGACCAGAGGCAACAGGACGCUCUUGUGUAUGAGAGACGGCAGUGUUCUCUACUGGAACGACUUGGAGAAUCGCGUCCUGUUUGCCUAUCAGCAGCCUGGUGUCACUGUGAAUAACAGCCACCUUUCCUUUAGCACAACACCUUCGCCGCGCACGAGAGUGCAAAAUUCGUCGCGAGUCACUGAGGCCUCCGUAAGCGUGCAGGAAGCUCUGGCGACAUUGGAUCCGAGUAACUUCCAACCUCCGAUUGUCAGAACUGGUAGCACAACGCCUACACCUCAGACAUUAGUGUCCUGUUUGGACACAAUACUGGUCGAAUCGAGCACACUCUCUCAGUCGCAGAUAAGUCAGUCACUGAAAGGAUUUGAGAUGUACGCGGCUACGAUACCUCUAACCGGCACGGCGAGGACCAACAGGCUCCUGACGACGAAGGGCAACCGCGCAACCCUUCUGGUCGCUGAAAAGGUCCAGGGAGCGGUGGUGUCAGCAGAUGGCUCUGAGGUGGUGGCGCUCGACGCUCAAAAGGACGGGAGCUCUGCUACCUCGCUGACCUCUCGCAGUGACGUGUCCGCUGCAGUGCUGUCGGCGGCGGCGGCGAAGGCUGCGCGGCUGGCCUUCACGUACUUUCGCCGGGCGGGCGUCGGCGUAGCCUUCCAGCAACUCGGCUACGUCCUCAACAGUGACGUCAUCAGUGUUCAGAUUAUCAAUUCCACCACUGACGACGAACGACACGUGGACAUUGUGCUGAGGCCGACGCACGGCGGCGUCAGGCGACGGUGCGGGCUUUGGGACUUGGAGAGGAACGUUUGGGACUUCAGCCUGUGCAGUCUGGAGUUCCGAGGCGAGGUGAGCGACGUGUGCCGCUGCCAGCACCUGACGCACUUCGCGCAGCUGGUGACGGACGCCGACCUGCAGUGGGGCGGCCACGCCGGGGCGCUGGAGGCGCUCUCGCUCGCCGGCGUCUGCGCCUCCCUGCUGGGCGCCGCGGGGCUCGGCGCCACCGCCGCGCUCGCCCCCGAGUGGCGCAGCAAACCGGGGUAA